AUGGCCGCCCAGGAGAUCCAAGACGUCAGGCUAUGCCAGGCCUCGGUGUACGCGAGAGAGGACGUGGUUCCCUUGGAUCAGCAGCAGUUACCGGACAUCGAAAGGGGUCUUAUGCUGUGGAACUUGGGUACUGCUUUCCAUAUUUUGGCACUCGGGUGCGUCAUGUACGGCUGGGCGUCGGUAUCCAUUAGGCAGCUGCUUGGUAAAACCACGCUGGUGAGCACAACCGCGGCGCUGUUAAUGCUGGCUACAGGUAUCGUGGGAUUCGCCGGCGGCAUAUCGUCGCACUUUGGCGUGUUCAGCAAUAUAGGCGACAUGUCGCGCGCACGCAGUGUUUCGCGGCUGGUUACGAGCACUGUGUUCCUGGUGUUUCUCGGUAUGCUCGUCUGGGUGGCCCUGCGCUUGGCCAGGAUUAUUCGCCAAACACGAGUGCGCGACCCAUAUGCCACAGCGGCGAUAGUCUCGGCGUCGCACAAGCAGUAUGCUCAGCACCCGAUGGCUGUCCUGAGGUAUCUUUUGGGCAUGCAGACGCUCGCGUGGAUGCAGGACUCGGUCGUUUUGCUGGCCGUGCUUUUGUUCGUGCGGGUCGUGUUUUUCCUCGCAUUUGAUAUCAGCUUCUUGACGCCGCAGCAGAGCGCUAUUAGGUCGAUGGGGUCAGCAAACACGCUCAACGGUAUGGCUACGCUGGCGUCGUCGCUUUUGUCUGUUGCUAUGGUGCGCCUGCUUCUGCCGCGCAAGCCGGAUAUGAUGGCCGAUGUGUUUACCAAGGUGGGCGAGCUUGACCCGUCCGCACGGACGGUGUUUUUCGAUGGAAAGGCGCCCGAUGUUCGCGGCCUACCUGUGCCACAGAUGUCUUCGGCCGGAAAUACUCGCAAUCACAGCUUGAGCUCUGCGGGUGACGCCAAUGGGCGCUCUCGCGCGCCGACCACGGCUAGCCUCGCGGUUGAAAAGCUUAUGGGCAGCUCCACGCCGGUGCUCGUGGCUCGUCCCUCGACGACUGCAACGGUGACAGCGACAACCACUCCGACUCAGCAGCAGCAGCAUCCGUAUUCGCCUGUUCUCAUUGACACCUGCGAUAAGAGCAUGCCUGUCAUGUCCAACGGCUCCCUGUCGCCGAUGCUUCAGCAGCCCAUGUAUCCGUUCAGCUCCGGUGCCAAGAGCGCUGACGGCCCUAAUUUCCUGCAGCACAUUCCGUACAUUGACCGCAACGCGCGCGAAAACUCGUAUUUCUCGCAGGGGCCCUGGGUACACCCGGUCACUCACACGUUCUCGCCAAGCGCAUCCAUUGCCGGAUCGGAGGUUCAGGGGUCCACAAUGAUGGGGUCUUUGGCGAAUGCUGGCGUCGUCGGGCUAUCUGCAGCCGGGCCAUUUGUGUCCACACCGUCAGUGCACUUGGAGCAGCUUGUGCGUUCCAAUACUGGCGCCGAGCUGGUCACCAUCGAGGGGCGGCAGGAUAUGCUGCGCCAAUCCGAGGCAAAAAACGGCUCGAUGCUGUUUAGUGAUCCAGGAUCCGACAUGCACUACUUGGGCCCGGCAAAUGGCACCGCGCAGCAGUCGCGCACCCAAGUCACCGCCAGUGCUUACAUCCCGAUUUCCAGCUCCAACUUUGCGCUGACAUCUAACAACCAGGCUAACGGGGGCAGCAACUUGUCUGACAGCGUUGCUAGUAAUAACACGCAUCCGAGCGGGCCCAGCCUGCGUUUCGAGGCGCUCCAGUACUAUAGCACGGAUAACGACAAAGCAGACUCGAUCAUUUCCUCAUACAUGCGCCCCGACAACGAAUCACCCCAGUUUAAAAAUGUGCUUGUUGGACAUCGCACCUCGUCGGUCAUUUCCGAUGAGUACCAGUACGAGCCGAUGAAUACUGUAAGCGUUGGCGGCAAUGACGGUAUGCGCGCUGUUUCAAGCAACCCGUUUGAUGAACACACUGCUUCCGUGGCCACAACCAACAGGUUGAUUCCCACGGUAUACGUCGCCGAGCCCAUUCCCGAAAACACGACUGCCGAAGAUGAAGACGUUGAUGGUGAUGAGUCGAAGGGUUCGCUUGGCAAUGGGCCGAUUCUUAUCCACAGGGGGUCCAAGGCGUCUCUCCGGCGCAAGAACACCGUCGAGCGCCGCAAGGGAGGAGUCCAGAAGAAUGAAACCGGAUUCACAGAGUCCUCAAAUAGCAGCUCGGUCAACUCGUCCCAGGACAUGUUGGCCAAUGAAACUGCCAGCCAGAGUAUGCUUGCUGCCCCUGCAGAGAUAAAGUCGGUCUCUUUCAGCGCCCAACCUGCAGAGACGGUUAAAAAGCCUGAUGCGGAUAAGAAGGCUCGGGUGUUCAAAUCGCGCAUGAGCGCGUUUGACGACCCGCCGGCAGGCCAGACAUCGGGCGCGUCGGGCGCUACUUCGCCAGUAUCAGAAAGACCGAGCAAGCGCGAUUCGGCGACGAUCAGCGCCGUUCCGUGGGAUGGUACCAAUGGCAAGCCUACGUCUGAAGUUCCGCUGAAUGCUGUAGACGAAUUUGGGCACAAAAAGCCGCUGGCCAUCAACACAAUGCUCCACAGGCAGGCGCCAUCCGCGGCAAGCAUCCAUUCAAUGCGGUUGAGCCCUGAGUCGGGCUCCGCAAGUCUGCCCAACUCGCUGUUUAGACAGUCGUUCUCGAGCCUUGGCCGCCGCAGCAACGACAUCUUUUCGAGCUUUUCGUCGAUCAACACUAGCGCCACGGGCGAUGUCUUUUACACGCCCGGAGCCAGCAUUGCCAAUAUGGCCAACGGCAGCAUAAACGGUGAGAGUAACUGGCUGGACGCCCUGGAUUCAGACAUUUUGAUCGACACGCCUAAUGCAAGCCAAACUGACUUUGCCAGCCCCAGCGUCAACUAUAUGGAUGAGCGGCCGUUCACAGCGCCGUCGCGCACCGCCGUUAUCAAUAGCCACAGGCACACUUUAGCUGCGCACGAGCAGACUAUUGGAUCCACUCGCUCCAAACUGAUUAUUGGCGAUAGCAAUGCGUCACAGAUAUCGGUUGAUAUUGCAAAUGAAGUGGCCGGUGUACGGCGCACGCAGACUUUGCGCAAGGCAAGGGCGUCUGACGCUCACGAAAUUGAGUCUUCUAUCCAAGGACCGACGGAGGAGGAUACGACUGGCGCUUUGAUCUCUGCACUCCCCAUGCCGACGCCCACUCUGUCGAACGACCGCAUGAUUCUUUAA